GGGCCUCCGGAGCCGACGCGGGGCCCUUACCUCUCGGAGACCCUGCCUUCUCAGCCGUAAAGUGGGGGCGACGCCGGGUUCGCGGCGGGCCGCGGGGGCGCUCUGGCAGGGCGUCUGGAGCCCGGCCCUGUGGGGUGAGGGGCGGCCGGCCGGUGCCCUCAGGCCCGCCCCACCCAGUCCCGCCGUGGACCUGGUGGAAGGACAUUCAGGGUCAAGGGGACCGGCCAUCAGCGCUUUACUGUCGUCCCUGACUGCGGUACAGGCCAAAACCCAGAGCCCUUGAUUCGUGUCCCUUCUUCUGAAAAGAGAGGGAGAAAGCCCUCUUUAAACACAAUCCUUCUUGUUUUUAAACACAGACGUAAGGAGUAACAAGGAAUUCUUGUGAGCUACCAAGGGCAGUGAUCAGGAGACUCCCCAGAGGAUGGUUUUAGGCAGUGAGGGGUCCCUGGCCAGUCAUAACUGGGCGUUUGCCCUGAAUCAGUUCUGACGGAGGACGACAGACUGCCGGCUUCACAAGCGGCCCCAGCAUGGUGCUCAAGGCCUUCUUCCCCACGUGCUGCACCUCGGCGGACAGCGGCCUCCUGGUGGGACGGUGGGUCCCGGAGCAGAGCAGUGCUGUGGUUCUGGCUGUGGUGCACUUUCCCUUCAUCCCCGUCCAGGUCAAGGAGCUCCUGGCCCAGGUACAGCAGGCCAGCCAGGUGAGCGUGGCCGUGCUGGGCACCUGGUGCCACCGCCGGCAGGAGACGGAGGAGAGCCUGGGCCACUUCCUGGAGGGCCUGGGUGCCCUCUUCUCCCACGAGCCCUGGCUGCAGCUGUGUCGAGAGAGGGGCAGCAAGUCCUGGAGCUGCAAGGCCACCCGGCGGCAGGGGCCCGCACCUCUCGCCCCCGUCUGCGAGGACCAGGUCAUGCUCGUCUUCUACGACCAGCGCAAGGUGCUGCUGUCACGGCUGCACCCGCCCGCGGCCCUGCCUGAGCGCCAGGCCGGGGAUGCCACAGCCAGCGCGGGCGGCCUAGCUGCCGUCUUUGACACAGUGGCGCGGAGUGAGGUGCUCUUCCAAAGUGACCGGUUCGAUGAGGGCCCCGUGCGGCUGACGCACUGGCAAUCGGAGGGUGUGGAGGCCAGCAUCCUUGUGGAGCUGGCCAAGCGCGCAGCGGGGCCCAUCUGCCUGCUGCUGGCCUGUCUGCUGUCACUGAUCUCCGCUGCCAGCGCCUGUCGGGUGUUGCGGCCGUGGCCGCUGUCCUUCAUCUGGAGCAAGCUGUCCACCUGCGAGCAGCUCAGGCACCGGCUGGACCAGCUCACGCUCGUCGUCAGCACCCACAGGGCCGGGGGCCCCACCCAGCUGAUGAGGAAGGCCAACACUCUGGUCUCCGUGCUGCUCGACAUGGCCCUGGGCCUCCUGCUGCUGUCCUGGCUGCACAGGAAGGACCGCUUCGCUCAGCUGGCUGAGGCACUCGUCCCCGUGGCCGACCGUGUGGCCGAGGAGCUCCAGCAUCUGCUGCAGUGGUUGAUGGGCGCGCCCGCCGGGCUCAAGAUGAACCGGGCGCUGGACCAGGUGCUGGGCCGCUUCUUCCUGUACCACAUCCACCUGUGGAUCAGCUACAUCCACCUCAUGUCCCCCUUCAUCGAGCACAUCCUGUGGCACUUGGGUCUCUCGGCCUGCCUGGGCUUGACAGUCGCCCUGUCCAUCCUGUCGGACAUCGUCUCCCUUCUCACCUUCCACAUCUACUGCUUCUACGUCUACGGCGCCAGGCUCUACUGCCUGAAGAUCCACGGCCUGUCCUCGCUGUGGCGCCUGUUCCGAGGGAAGAAAUGGAACGUCCUGCGCCAGCGUGUGGACUCCUGCUCCUACGACCUGGACCAGGUACCAGCUCCGUCCAGCCAGCCUUCGGCCUGCGCCGGCCCGUGCAGUGGCUCGGGCAUCACAAGGGGCAGCCUCGCUCCUGCUCCGCAGGCCCCGGGGGUGCAGGGAGCUGCAAGGGGCAGGGUGUACACGGGGCCACAACGGGGCAGAACUCGCCGCAGGCAGGGACAGACCCUGGUCCGGGAGGCUUCAGGGCAGCAGGCGCUGGAGCUGUUCAUCGGGACCUUGCUCUUCACCAUCCUGAUUUUCCUACUGCCCACCACAGCCCUGUACUACCUGGUGUUCACCCUGCUCCGGCUCCUGGUGGUCACUGUGCAGGGCCUGGUCCAUCUGCUCGUGGACCUCAUCAACUCGCUGCCGCUGUACUCGCUUGGCCUGCGGCUGUGCCGGCCCUACAGGCUUGCGGCCGGCGUGAAAUUCCGGGUCCUGGAGCGUGAGGCCGGCCGGCCCCUGCGCCUCCUGAUGCAGAUAAACCCCCUGCCCUUCGGCCAUGUGGUGCGCAUCUACCGCCUCCCCAGCUGUGGCUGCCACCCCAAGCACUCCUGGGGCUCCCUGUGCCGCAAGCUGUUCUUCGGAGAGCUCAUCUACCCCUGGAGGCAGAGAGGGGACAAGCAGGACUGAGGGCCCGGCCCCUGGCCCGCCUCGCACCGCCAUCUGCCAGGUGUCAGGGCGGCACACACCUCUUGCUGCCCCUGGUUGUCGGGGCCUCUCCAGGCCCUGCCCAUCGCAUCUCCGCCCGACUCCGGUCCUGGGGGUGAUGAGGGGAAUGCGUGUGGUCAGCCAGGCCAGCGCCCAGCUUCAGCACCAUCAGUUCUGCCUCAGGGACCCCUGCUGACCUGUUGUGACGGCACGGUUCACCUGGUCCCACCGGCCCCUGGGCCUGCCCCAGACCCGGACGGGUGUGCAGAGCCCUGCCUCUGCCCACUUUGCCCGUUCCCAGUGGGAUGGGCCAACAGGUCUUCCUGGCUGCUCCCCUGCACCCCACCCUGUCAUGGGUAGGGGGGCUCUUCCCAGGGUGCACUCAAGUAACCUUGAGACUCUGGCCCCCAAGGGUCUCCUUCCCUGGGGGCUGCCCCCUGGGAUCCCCAGUGCCUUCCAGCUUGUCUCAGUGAGGGAAGCCAGCCAGUCUGGGGCUCCAAGCCGCUGCCAACCCCCAGCCCGGUCCAGUGGUUCCAGGAAGCUGGGCAGCAGCACCUGUGGCACCAAGUCACACCUACAGCAGGAGCUGCCCACGGACCUCUGGGUGUCUCUCAGUGAAGCCAGGCCACAGGGGGUGCCCCUGCUGGCAGCAGGGACCCGGCCACCUGGCUGCCCGUUCCCACCCUGCUCCCUGCAGGAACAGGCUUGUUGGCUAUAUCUUCCAUCCUGACACUGGCCUGUGGCAGGGGCAGGCAGCCCCCAGGCAGGGGUCCCAGCGCUGGUCUGUACCUGCCUGGCAGCCACAGGCAGGAUCUGGGUGUGAGUGUGAGCCCAGAGUCCUGGGGGUGGGAGGCCUCAAGAGGCGGUGGCGUCAUGUACAGCCUGUCAUCGUGAAGGCGGAGAUGUGUGUGCAACAGGCGGUGGGGCUGUGCCCCCAUCCACCCAGGCACUCGGGACUGCCCACCUGACAACCACACUCCCCCUCUGGGGGCUAUAGUGGGGAGGUCUGGGCGCAUCCCCACAGCCCAGGGUCAGGAGGGUGGGUCCUGGCUCUGUCUUUUCUGCUGGGACAAUAAAGCCUCCAAUGUGCUUGGA